UCGCCAGCCAGUGAUAAAUAUUAAUGCCGAGGUAACUUUUGCCAAAAGAAAAAGAGAGAGCAAAAGUCGUAUUCUCCUUCUGCUAGGGAAAGAAAAGAUGAUGAAUUGAUAGCUAGCAGAGCGCAAAAAGGAGUACUCCAUAACCUCUCAUCUCUCUGAAACAAGGAGCAAAUUAAAACAACAACCUCCUCCUCUUCUUCUUCUUCUUCUUCUUCUUCUUCAUGUAAAGGAAGAGAAACAUCUUUCUCUGUUUGAUUUCAUCGCCGACAGCCCGGUGCGUGUGAUAUUUACUUCAGAGAGAUUGGAUACGUAGUGCUACUGGCGAAAAGAGAAAAAUGUAUGGAGAUUGCCAAGUUCUGUCGUCCAUGGUCGGAGGAGGAGGCAACGUAGUGGUGUCGCCGGACUCGCUCUUCUCGUCGCCGAUCCAAAACCCUAACAGCCUCGGGUUCAUGGCCAACAUGCCCCCAUUUCACGCCUUCUCUUCUAUCAUUCCGAAGGAAGAGGGGAUGAUGGUGAUGGGGAGGGGAGUCAGCAAGGAGGAAGAGAUGGAGAGCGGCUCCGGCAGCGGCGGCCCACUCGACGGCGUCCUCAGCUGCGGAGAGGACCACGACGACGAGCUUUUGCAGCGGCACUCGCUGCUGUCUCCGCCGCCGUCGCAGCAGCAGGCCGGCAGGAAGAACAAAAAGCGCUACCACCGCCACACCGCCCACCAGAUCCAAGAAAUGGAAACGUUGUUUAAGGAAUGCCCGCACCCGGACGAGAAGCAAAGGAUGAAGCUCAGCCAAGAACUCAGCCUCAAACCUCGCCAAGUCAAGUUCUGGUUCCAAAACCGCCGCACUCAAAUGAAGGCACAACAAGAUCGAGCGGACAACGUGAUACUGAGGGCAGAGAACGAUAGCCUCAAGAAUGAGAACUUCCGGCUGCAGUCGGCCAUCCGCAACGUCGUCUGCCCACAUUGCGGCGGCCCGGCCAUCCUCGGCGAGAUGUCCUUCGACGAGCAGCAGCUACGCAUCGAGAACGCCCGCCUCAAGGAUGAGCUCGACCGCUUGUCCUGCAUCACAUCCCGCUACACAGCCCCGCCGCCGCCGCUAGGCCACGUGCCGUCCUCGUUACUCCUCGCGCCGUCUCUUGACCUGGACAUGGGCGUCUACUCGCGGCACUUCAACGAGCCGCCUCCGUUCGAGAUGAUCUCGGUCGCGGCGCCGCUGUCGGAGGAUCUGCAGCACUCCCCGUUCGGCGGGGGCUUGAUGGUGCUCGAUCAGGACAAGCCGCUGGUGCUCGACCUCGCGAUGACCGCGGCCGGGCACCUCGUGCGGAUGUGCAACGCCGGCGCGCCGCUUUGGGUCCGGAAGAGCGGCAACGUAGAGGCGCUGGAUCUCGAAGAGCAAGCGAAGGGAUUCCCUUGGCCGAUGGAGUUGAAGCAGCAGAACGGAGGAGAGUUCAGGACGGAGGCGUCCAGGGACUCUGCCAUGGUCAUAAUGAACAGCAUCACCCUGGUGGAUGCCUUCCUCGACGCCAACAAGUGGAUGGAGCUUUUCCCUUCGAUCGUGUCGAAAUCAAGAACAGUUCAGGUGCUGAGUUCCGGAGUCGCUGGUGGAAACGGCUGCUUGCAACUGAUGCACGGAGAGUUGCAGUUUUUGUCGCCUUUGGUGGCGGCCAGAGAAGCUUAUUUCUUCAGGUACUGCCAACAGAACCCGGAAGAAUUAGGCAGUUGGAUAGUGGUGGACUUUCCAGUCGAUGGAUUUGUGGAAGGGGUUCAAACAUGCUUCCCUUGGUAUAGAAGGAGGACUUCAGGCUGCAUCAUUCAAGAUAUGCCCAAUGGUUAUUCAAGGGUGAUGUGGGUAGAACAUGCAGAGGUGGAUGAUAAGCCGGUGCAUCAAGUUUUCAACCAAUUUGUCAGCAGUGGCAUGGCUUUUGGUGCAACUCGCUGGGUUUCUACUCUUCAAAGGCAAUGCGAGCGCCUCGCGAGUCUCAUGGCCAGAAACAUCUCAGAUCUUGGAGCGGUGAUCCCUUCGCCGGAGGCAAGAAAGAACAUGAUGAAGCUGUCGCAGAGAAUGAUCAGAACCUUCUGCUCCGCCGUGUACUCCACCGGAGCGCAGUCGUGGACCGCGCUCUCCGACUCACCGGACGACACGAUUCGCGUUACGACGAGGAAGAACACGGAGCCGGGCCAGCCUAACGGUGUCAUCCUCACCGCCGUGUCCACCACUUGGCUUCCUUUCUCUCAUCAGCAAGUUUUUGAGCUCCUGACGGACGAGCAACGAAGAUCACAGCUGGACGUGCUAUCGAGCGGCAAUUCGUUGCACGAAGUGGCUCAUAUCGCGAAUGGAUCGCAUCCCAGGAACUGCAUCUCUCUUCUGCGUGUCAACGCCGCGAGCAAUUCUACUCACAGCGUGGAGCUGCUGCUGCAGGAGAGCAGCACCCACCCCACCGGCGGCAGCAUCCUUGUCUACGCCACCAUCGACGUCGACGCCGUCCAGGUCGCGAUGAGCGGCGAUGACCCCUCCUACAUCCCCCUCCUCCCCACCGGCUUCGUCAUCUCCCCCGCCGCCUCUGACUCCGCCACCGCCGGCUGCCUCUUCACUGUCGGCACGCAGGUGCUCGCCAGCGCCGUCCCCUCCGCCAAACUCAACCUCUCCAGCGUCACCGCCAUCAACAACCACCUCUCCAGCACCGUGCAGCAGAUAAACUCCAUGCUCGCCGGCGCGGCCGCUCAGCAACCUCCCCCCGCCUCAGCUCCUGCGACGGAGCAAUCCCACGCUUGAAGAAAUAGUACCAAAUAUAGCUGGAAUUAACUAAUUACCCCUAUUUUUGUCUACCAUUUUCUCCAGUGCCGUCACGAAUCUAUAAUAAUUCUGAACCGAGUCUGAUCAGGGACAAGGGAGUAUUUGACAGAAACCCACAAACAGAUGACUCAAUUAAUCAUGUGGGCUCUGUCAACUUCUCACUUGUUCAUGCGUGGGGGCAUUGGCUUAAUUCUGGUAAACCAAAACAGGGGAUUUGUAAUCUCCAGCUAUAUCUGCUAGUUCAUAAUAAAUGUUUGAAUCAGAACACUUCGGUGAACAGUUUAAGUAGGGAUCAGUUCAGCUUUGUGUGUAAAGAUGGAACGGAGAAGCCUAGUAGGGUUCUGGGAGUCGAAGUGUGAAAAGGAAGUCAAGAGCGCACCAGAUGUGACCCUUCACGGAGGGUGUUGGUUCGGGAAUUGACUUCCUUUUUGGGGUUUUCUUCUGUUUUGCUUGUCAUGGAGUCCGGUGAUGGAUUGGUAGGUGGAAGUGGAUUGAAUGCUCAAUAUGCUGAAACUAUUAUGAAUAUAAUUAAUUAAUUAAUUAA